AUGGGGAAUUCUGCUCUGCCUCCGCCAGCACAACUUAGAAGGGGCCUCGUCGUUGUUGUGCUGUUUUUUAUCUACGCCUUCGCAGCGAACGCGCUAUUCGGUCUACUUUAUCGCAAUGGUUAUUACGAGGCCUUGAUUCGUCUGCGCGAUGAGGGACCGCACCAUCUUCCUGGCUCCUCCAAUCCCAUCCUUACCUUCUAUACCGGAAUCGGCUUUUUGGACAAGCUCCUAACUCUCGCGAGUGUUAUGUUCGCCAACGUCACAGAUGGAAAUGCGCCUGGAUUAUCGCUUUACGCCUUUCAUUUUGGGGGACAGUAUCUCGCCAUACUUGUCGUUAUUGCCAUUGAAGGGUUAAGGAGUGGAAAUCAAUCGAACUCCUUUCGUUUUUUUUCCGUAUGGGGAUGCUUAAUGCAAGCCACGAGCUAUGGUGGCACUAUGCCAAUUUACGCUAUGAUUCACCUAAUUACUUCACCAGCUGCUCAAGAAGCUGGACCGUUGCUUUUCGAAGCAGCUUCGACAUCGAAACUAUCGGAGCUCUGGGCGUUACCCCAAGCGUUUAUGCUUGGUUACGUCCUACCGGCAGUGUUGAUGAGCGUCCCGCUAUUUUCGAACACUGUCCAUCAGUGGUUCGGCGGACUCUGGCAAGGAUCGCCAAUUUUCAGCAUGCUUAUCGCGAAACUAUUAGCAGUCGGCUUCGCUAGGAAUCCACCGCCCCAGGAUAUCUCCGACGACAAAAAAUUAUCUCAUCCGAGUCCAAAACAACCCCUUACCAGCCCACAAUCUCCUGUCUCGUUAGCCAGGAGCCAAGAAAAAGCCCAGGAAAAGGAUUUGCUUGCUAAGGCUUACCUAUUCGCAUUUGGAUGGUGCGUCGCGUCCCAGCUCGUUCCGCUCCUCCUGAUUAUGGCGGUCCACAUUUUCCCGUCCGCGUUUCCCUCCCGUUUACACGAGGCCUGGACUAUUUUCAACGUUUUCGUGCCCCCGCCAUUCUGGUCAACCGAGACGAUGAAAUCCAUGGCGACCGGGAUGCACGACUUUUUCUUAUACGACCAGUACGUCGGCUCAACGGCCGCUAUUGUAUGGACAUUCGGGCUAUACCUGAAUUCCAGACCGACGUCCAUGGAGGCAGCAGAUUGGGCUAAAUUAAUCUCCACAAUCGCCGCGUUAAGCAUACUCACAGGGCCUGCCGGCGCGGCCGUCUGGUUAAUGUGGGAAAGGGAUCAGUUGCUAUUAUCCGUAUAGAACAGCGGAAUUAACAUAUAUAGAAUUGCUUAUAUCAGCACUCUCGUGCAUCAUGUAC